CUUAAUCCAACUAACUUCCCCAGUCCCCAGCUCUCUCUGUUUCUCUCUCUAGGGUUUGGACGACAACUUUCAGUUGUGAGCGUACUGCGAUUGCAGGGUUUUCGCUUUUCCAUGCCACAAUUGGAGAAGCCGUCUUGGUCCUUUCUGAUCGGGGAAGCCUUCCAUUUCAUCGACAGGCAAGAUUUCUCCGAACGAGUAGGAUCGUCGUUUCGGCGAUAAUUGGGUCGUCGAUUACAUGUCCCCUGCUCAGUGGCAAAUGUUGCUUGGUUAAUGUUGAGUGAUCGUUGCCAUGGAUUUAAAUGCCUCACCUGUACCCGAAGAAGAUGAAGAAAGUUUUGAACGUCACAUAGAAGAAUUCCCUGCACCAGAAGAACGUAUAGAGUCUGCAGUUGAUAUAGCCCGUCGGGAGCGUGAUGAAAGACGAAAGCGAUUGAAAAUAGAACGCUCAGAUGACAGACCAAUGCAUAUAUCUCAACCACCUGCAUAUGAUCAGUUUCAAACAAAAAACAUUAAGUCUUAUGAUAAAAGCAAGCUUCCUCCUGGUUGGUUGGACUGCCCUGCAUUUGGUCAGGAAAUAUUUGGCAUGAUUCCUUCCAAGGUUCCACUUAGUGAAUACUACAAUGACUUUGUUGCUCCGGGUAAAAGAUACUCAUUUAAGCAAGUGAUCCAUCAACAGAGAGUUUUAGGAAGAAAACUUGGUUUAGUGAUCGAUUUGACGAAUACGUCUCGAUACUAUCCAGUAUCAGAUUUAAAGAAAGAGGGUAUCAAGCAUGUUAAGAUUCAAUGCAGGGGGAGGGAUGCUGUACCUGAUAAUGCAUCUGUAAAUAACUUUGUCUUUGAGGUCUCUCAAUUCCUAUUUCGUCAGAAACAGGCAAAGAAGCACAUCCUUGUCCAUUGUACACAUGGGCAUAAUCGCACAGGAUAUAUGAUAGUUCAUUAUAUUAUGCGCUCGCAUCAAACUUCUGUUACUCAGGCAAUAAAAAUGUUUGCUGAAGCACGCCCUCCAGGAAUCUACAAACCAGACUAUAUUGAUGCGUUGUAUACAUUUUAUCAUGAAAAGCCCGAGAUGGUUGUUUACCCCUCUACUCCGGAGUGGAAAAGAUCUUCUGGUCUUGAUCUCAAUGGUGAAGCAGUGCCAGAUGAUGAUGAUGAUGGGGAUGCGGCUGCGGCUGCGGCUGCUCCUUUGAAUGAAAAUCCUGAUAUAGAUGUAGUGAUGACCAAUGAUGAUGUAUUAGGGGAUGAGAUACCUAGGGACCAGCAAGAUGUACUGCGGCAUUUCUGCUAUCAAACGCUUAAGUUGGGUUUUGGGCCAAGAGCAAACACACAAUUUCCAGGGUCUCACCCAGUUUCUCUUAACAGGGACAAUUUACAACUGUUAAGGCAGCGUUAUUAUUAUGCCACAUGGAAAGCUGAUGGAACACGGUAUAUGAUGCUAAUAACCAUAGAUGGGUGUUACUUGAUUGAUAGGAGUUAUAAUUUCCGACGGGUGCAGAUGAGGUUUCCUUGCAGAAACACAAAUGAUGGUUUAACCACCGACAAGACUCAUCACUUUACAUUACUUGAUGGGGAGAUGAUAAUCGAUACUGUGCCAGACUCACAGAAGAAAGAGAGAAGAUACCUUAUCUAUGAUCUUAUGGCAAUAAAUCUAGUGCCUGUAAUAGAGCGGCCUUUCUACGAGCGGUGGAAGAUGCUUGAGAAAGAAGUGAUUGAACCUCGAAAUUUUGAACGCCACAAUAUUUACCAGUGUAGGAAUCCGUAUUAUAGAUAUGACCUUGAACCAUUCAGGGUGAGGAGGAAAGACUUUUGGUUGCUCUCUACUGUUACCAAGCUUUUAAAGGAAUUCAUUCCAAGACUCUCACAUGAUGCAGAUGGUCUUAUUUUUCAGGGUUGGGAUGAUCCUUAUGUCCCUCGCACACAUGAAGGCCUCUUGAAGUGGAAAUACCCUGAAAUGAAUUCAGUUGACUUUCUAUUCGAGAUAGACAAUGAUGAUCGUCAGCUACUUUUUCUGUAUGCGGGGAAGAAGAAACUGAUGGAAGGGAAAGGGAGUAGGGUUGCCUUCAGAGAUGGUUCAGACCCCUCCUCGUAUUCCGGAAAAAUUAUUGAGUGUUCGUUCGAUUUUGAAGAAGAGGAAUGGGUCUGCAUGCGGAUCAGAGUAGAUAAAUCAACUCCAAAUGAUUUCAAUACUUACAAGAAGGUCAUGCGGAGUAUAAGGGACAAUAUCACUGAGGAAGUCUUGUUGAAUGAAAUUAAAGAGAUCAUUCGCUUGCCCAUGUAUGCUGAUAGGAUACGGAAUGAUAGUAAACCCCACCAGCAUUCGAAUUCAGCACGGCGGAGGUGAUGGAUGGAGGGUUGAGCAAUAGAUGCCCACAAUACCGUUGAAGUCUAUUAGUGAUCGGAGACAGAUAUACCCCUCCGAUAUCCGCAUGCACAGGUCACAUUGCAAGUUCUAUAUAUACCAGAUUUUGGUAGGUGCUUUGCAUGGUCGGAUGGUUGGUGAGAUUCUGUGUAAUUAGCUAUUUUUAGCUAUAAUCUUGUAACGUGUGCUGUGCUGGUACGUAGUACGAUCCAGUUGGUACACUUGGUGGUCCUCAACAUCAGGCCUGAAAGUAAUUUUUCAUUUAGUUGUUCAGAUCAAGAGUUAGGAUUAGGGUCUCCAUGUAUAUUAUUAUCGAUUAUCAUUAUUAUUAUAAUUAAUUUUUUAUUGUUA